UGUAAGUAUGUCCGCCCUGUUAGGUUGCUAGGAGCUGCCGCAAACUAGCUAGCUAGUGCCGGAUUACGGGAUUUAGUUAAUGAUGACAAAUUUAACAACGCCAGAAUAUGAGCGUUUCCACAUCUGCAUUUUGGCUACGAACUGCCUCUUUCAUUCGGGCAAAACAACUGUGAUGAAGUUAUGAUUUUUGCCAUCGGAACAGACAGGCUUAACUAAGCAUCCGGCUAAUGUUAUCAGGCAGACAUAAGUAACUCACAUCAACAUUGAUCUGGAUGGAAGGACACAUGGAGAACAUUCAGGAACAUCUACGGCACGGGGAGGACUCGGGUGUCGGCGGCAUUGCAUCGUCGUCGUUCGGCAAGCCCCGCAUACGCUCCACUCGACUGCCGGUCCAGAGGAGCAGCAUCUGCUCUCGGGCUUACUUCGUCGUGGUGAUGGUCUUCUUUCACGUCUACAUCCUCAAUGUGAUCGCCCUAUUGCUGUACGUGCAUUACAAUAACGGCCACGGAGAUAUUGUCAGCGAUGAACGGCAUUCCUCUCCAUCUGUCGGCGAGGGGGAAAGCCCUGCCCUCCAUCCCACUGCGCCUCCCGUGAGAGAUCCCCGUAAAGAGGAGCAAAGUCAUAGAUUUAGACUUCCUCGAAUUGAGGGGAUCAGGGUGGGACAUGUUCAGCCAGUGUCACUUGUAUCGGACAGAACACACAAGAUGACGACGCUCGGCCUAAAGCCUCUCCUAUUCGAGAUCCCUGGCUUCCUGUCAGAGGAGGAGUGCCGAGUGGUGGUGCAGCUGGCUCUGCUCAAGGGUCUGAUGGAAAGCCAGAUGACAGCAGCCGGCCGGGGGCAAGAAGAGCCAACCCAGCCACUGCUAUCUCUUAGCACCGAGGAAGUCUUCAGUCUGUUGGACCUCAAUCAGGAUGGGCGGCUGCAGAAACAAGAGAUUGUGAGUCACUCGCGCUCUCGAGACGGGACUUGGUUGAGACCGGAGAAUCUGCGACAGAUACUCGCUGGUCUGGAAGCCUGCUCGACAGGGAUGCUCAGCCUGGAGGAGUUUAAGCGUGUUUACGACAUAUCCCAAAGCCCGGGAGAAGAGCAAAGCGGGAAACUCCGGAGUCAGUUCAAGCAGAGAAGCAAACAUACGGGGCUUCAUCAAGGCCCCGGAUCCCACCAUGUGCUGCAGACGCUGAGGAGGAGAGUGCUCGCCCUGACACGUCUGCCGACCGCGUUGGUCGACAUGAGCGAGCUGCUGCAAGUGUUUCGGUUUGAGCUCGGAGACUUCAGCGACGCUCAUCACGACAGCAGCCCGCCCCACGUAGAGACCGCCUGCUCGCACACGCGGCUGGCGGGAAAUGCCUCCGCCCUCGCUGAGGUCUCCUGCAGGUAUCUUACUGUGUUGAUCUACCUCAGCUCUGUCGAGGAGGGCGGGGAGACUACGUUUCCUGUGGCCGACAACCGUACUUACGACGAACUGGCACUGGUCCAAGAUGGAGUUGAUUUAACAGACACCCGGAAGACAUGCGUUCGAGGGAACCUGAGAGUAAAACCCACUGUUGGGACGGCACUCCUCUUGUACAACCAUCUCUCUGACGGCCAAGGUUGGAUGGGCGAGCUGGAUGAGUAUUCCCUGCACGGGGACUGCCCGGUAAAGCGCGGCCUGAAGUGGGUCGCCAACAGCUGGGUAAACGUGGACCCAGACUACCAGCGGCAGGCCCGUUACCAGAGACUAGUUGCCGAUGGGCAUCGAGCUCAGUCGGGCACGGAGGAACAUUCCCAAACGCUUUCGCACAUGAACCUCCAUCAGGAUCUCUAGCCGAGCCCCCUGACCCAUGGUGUGCACUCCUUGACAGAUGUUUACCUCAGUCUUGUAUACAUUUAUAUGAAAAUCGUUCACAGUUCCACAAUUUGGUCUUGCACUAUCCUAUCAUGUUCCAUGACAUUUUUUUUUUUUUUUUUAAGGAAAGAUAAUCAUUAUGAUAGAGCUCAAGUGGGGCUGACGCAUUUACGCACAAUCGCUGCAAAGAAAACAACAAAAAAAAAACAUUUGAAAUUAAUCACGCCUUAAAUUAAAUAUCACGUUAAAGGACCAAAAUGUAUCAAAUGAAGAGUCUUUGUGUCUAUUAGGUCACUUGAACUGGCAUCUGCCACUUCUGAAGAUAUCGCUUAGAAUGUUUCGGCCUGCUUUUUUUGUUGUUGUUUUUUCAGCCUUAUUACAAGAUCUAUUUGUGAAGAUUAGCGUAAGCUCUAAAGUAGUUUGCUACACCAACUGCACAUACAGAAAGCUCAUCCGUAUUUAUAAAAAAAAAAAAAAAAAAAGCUGCUCGUCCCUUCGUCACAGUUGAGCCAUUCAAGAAAAAAAAUCAUUUGUAUUUAUAAUAAUAUAUUUAAUUGAUACUUUAAUAUUUAUUUGAGUUAUUUAUUACCUUUUUUGACCAGUUAAAUUAUUGGAAUGCAUAUUUAUUGGCGAUGCACUGACUCUGUCUCUCAGUUGUGGUUUAUGAAAUGAAAUGUAUGAAA